AUGGCUGACGUGGAGUUUCACCAUGAAGUUGUGGAGGUACCUCUGGAAGGGGAGAUGGAGGUUCCUGGGGUUGCCAGGACUGAUGAUGAACUUUCAACCCUAGAUGAACCUGUGAAAGAUACAAUUCUCCGAGAUGUGAAAGCUGUUGGUAAUAAGUUUGCCCAUGUUCUUAUUCCAAAGAAAAGCAAGCUUCUGCUGAAAGAAUGGGAUUUAUGGGGCCCCCUUGUUCUCUGCACUUUUAUGGCAAUCAUGUUACAGGGGUCGACUGAUGAACUCAACAUGAUGGGGGAGAAUGAUGGUGGCCCGCAGUUUGCUGAAGUCUUUGUUAUCUACUGGCUGGGAGCUGUUGUUGUUACAUUGAAUAUCAAGUUAUUGGGUGGCAAUAUCUCAUUCUUCCAAAGCAUAUGUGUUCUGGGCUACUGUGUCUGCCCACUAGCCAUUGCCCUGAUCAUCUGCCGCAUCCUGCUGGCUGUGGACACUCAGUCGAUUGCUCUGUUUGCUGUCCGGUUUGUUUUUGUGGUGCUAGGCUUUGGCUGGUCCACUUUUGCUUCUACAGCUUUCCUGGCAGAGAGCCAGCCCACUGGAAGAAAAGUCCUGGCCAUGUACCCGCUGUGCCUGUUCUACUUUGUCAUUAGCUGGCUCAUCAUUUCUCACACACAUUCCUGA